AUGAAACGGGCCGAAUUCAUAGCAAACGCGACGAGGAAAAAUGAGAAGGCGAAUAUUCACGCAAAGAAUUUUAUACCCUCAGGAUCGGAAAAAUCAGAAAUGAAAGAUUGCAAUUUUUUCCCCCAUUUAUUUCUAAAGGGGGAAUUAAUGAGACAGUUUUUGAUGGACGAAGAUGUGUGGCUAUUUAUACAAAAUUUUAAGAUGAAAUUAAAAGAAAGUCCCAACGAUGUUGACAGCUGGUUAGAUUAUCAGUUACAAUUAGCGAGAAACAAUAUGGGGCAUUUAUUCCACUCGGACAUCCCCCCAUUUGAGCACGUAAAAAAGAACAGCGAAAGUUUUACUUCAAAAACGGAUUACGAGGUGGAUACGAAUUAUGGUAAUCUUAAUGAGCUUGCCAAGCGGAAUGAUUUUUCUGAACAGUGUGGGAGAAGUACCUGUGAUGAUUUGGAGCAACUGGACCGACCAACUCCCCGCAUGAGAGAGAGAGACGAAUCCGAUGAGGAUGAUAAAAAGGUUGAAGAGAAAAAAAAUGAUGAAGGGCACAAAAAGGAUGAACAGCACAAAAAGGAUGAAGAGCACAAAAAUGAUGAGAAGGAGGUAGACAAGACAACCUCUGCCGGAUUAGGAACACGAGGAACAAGCAGAGUCGGCAUAAAUGACAUCCUAAUGAGGAGGAUGUCUCAAAGCGAAAAGGGGGGCCAAGGAAGUAGAAGCCUCCAGGUGGGGUAUAGUACUUCCACACUGAAAGAUGACCCUCAUUUGGGGGAGAGCCGAAGUCGAGCUGGAUCGAGGCACACCAGCAGUGGGACUACACAAAGGAGGAUCAGUGGAGUCCGAAGUGAUCUCCAGUUUAGCAGCGAACAGAAUGAUCACACCGAUGUUUUUCCCACGGAGGAAAAUUCGAAACCCUACCACAAAGGUGAAGACAUCAUCAUAAAAAAGCGGAAUGAUGGUAGAGAAGAAACCAAAGUAGCUAAAAACAAUUACACUGGUGUGGACAAGGAGGAGCACCAUGAAAUUAUGGGAAGGAUCCAUCAACCCAGGGAGAGAAACAAUUUUGAGGAUGAAGUCUUUAGCCCCCAAAGGAAGGCAGUAAUGAGGGAGAGAUAUGAAAUGUCCACUAUCCCUACGCAGUGUAGUGAGAAGGACGAUCUGAUGAUUACGUUUAGGGAAACUCCACAUAGGAAGGAUGGCGCACAUUGUAAGGCAGACAAUGAUUAUGUUCGCGGUGGUAUAGCGAAAGGGGGGCUCCCCCAGGAGGAAACUCCCCUCAAGGAGGAUGAGCCUGGGGAUAGAAACGGGAAACGUCGCAUCUGGGGAAAACAUCGCCCUGGAGGGAUCUACUCCCCCGUUGAGGAACCCCUCCAAGGGGAAGAACAGUUAAGCCACGCGGUGCGGAUGAAGGCGGCACCUGACAAUGGGGCACCUAACAAAGGGGCGACCAACCAGGUCAUGUCAGACCAACGGAACGAAACGCAGCAGAGAGCAGCAUCUCUGAUUGCGAGCAAAAUUCCAACGGAGGAGAGCCUCCUCCCAAAGAGAAGCAAGCUGUUAGAACAGCCUCUACAAGGGGAGAAACAAGGCGAAAGGGAGCCCACCACAUAUAACCCGCCACGUGACAACAAAUUGUGGGAAGAAAAUCAACCGGAGGUGCCCAUUGUGAUACCCCAAAUGAUAGUAACGAUUGACGAGAUGAUGAACGAAGAGACUGACAAAAAAUUAGAAAAAAUAUUCAACCAAUGUGAUGAUAAUAAAAUGAAUUUAGAUUUAUUCGAGAGGCUACUCGUAGUCGACUUUCUAAAAAUUGGAAGAUAUAUGAGUCACACAUUGUAUUCUCGCAUUGAGAAAGUAGAUGACAAUUUUGUCACAUGUGAAGAGGUAAGGAAGUACUUCCGCAAUCGUUUUAUUGAUGGGACGAAGGAUCCAAGUUACUACGACGAUAGUAGGUAUAGGAGUUCAUUUGAAAGGGCCAGACAGGGAAGCGUAAAAACCGCCCUUCACGUGGUUACUCCAUCGGAUGGAGGUGUAGAAGAAGACUCUUUGAAUGCAAUUUCUCAUUUGCAAAAUGAGGGAACCCGUUUAGACGGCGACGAAGAGGCACUCCACGUGAAUGAUGGAGGGUGUAGCCAAAAGGGGGGAGAGCUUGUAGAAGACGUACCAUAUAAGAAGUGCUCCAUUGUAAACUUCUUCAAUGCAGUUAAGGACCAAAAUAGGGACUACAUCGAGUUUAAAGAUUUUGAUGCCUUCGUAAGAGAAAUUCUAAAGAGAAACACAUCUUUGCAGUUUCUACAUGAGCACGUAGAGUUUCUAGAAAGAUACAUAGAAUCGGUCAUCGUGCGGAUAUAUUAUCAUAUAGAUGUGAAUGACACUAAUAGGAUAUAUUUGAAAGACUUGAGGAGACACAACUUAGCUCACAUUUGGUGUUGCCUCGAUGAUAAUAUCAAAGUGCAGCACGUGAAAAACUACUUUAGCUAUUCGCACUUCUAUGUUUACUAUUGCACCUUCUGCCAAACGAGCAGCUGCAAAGAUAUGCUCAUUGAUGACAACGAUUUGUACCGAUUCGAUAACCAUUCGCUUAACGAUUUUAUAGUAAAUAGAAUUUGGUCUAGGAUUUCCAUCAAAUUAGGAGGACCAAAUGAGAAGUAUAUGUGUCUAAAUGACUGGAUUUAUUUUAUUAUGAAUUAUGAAGACAUGACAAGCAAUAGGGCCAUUGAGUUCUGGUUUAAAUUAAUCGACUUGGAUGCGGAUUGUGUCAUUAGGGAUCACGAAAUUCAGGUUUUUUUUAAUAUCCAAAUGGAGAGAUUGAAAUCGCAUUAUUUAGAGGAACCUAAAUUUGAAGACUGGCUAUGCCAGAUGAAUGAUGCCAUUCAGCCAAAGAAUGAAGGCAAUUUUACCCUGUCCGAUUUUAAACGGAAUAAGAAAUAUGCCGCCAGAUUUUUCGGUUGCUUGGUUAGCUUGUCCAAGUUACUAGCUUGGGAGAGCAGGGAUGUCUACAAAGAGUUGCAGAUCGAGACGGAGUUUCCCCACGCAACUCCCUGGGAGAUUUUCUGCAAGACGAAGUACGACGAGUUGUGCUACAUGGAGAAUGAAGGCUCCUAUGAGGACAAUUUUGACGCCUACGAGGCGAAGGCCUUCUACGGCUUAGACUCCGACUGA